AUGUGCACCGUCACAUUCUUCCAACAAAAAUCAUGCAAACACACCUGGGCCAUCAUCUCAACCCCCUGCGGGCCAUACAUGAACUUCGACACAUGCCCGAGCUUCUGCGGCAGCGGCAUCAAAAAGACGCCUAGUUUCUACAAGACGAAGAGCAGGCCGUGUCCGCGAUGCGAUUUGGGCGGGCUGUAUGAUCGGCGGGCUGUGCGGAUGGUGGAGAGGAUGGGAUGGGGGAUGCACUGGGGUUUGGAUCCUGAGGGAGGGGAUUGGGCGGUUGAGGUGAGGAUGGGGGAGACGAGAGGGUGUGUGAUUUUGUGA